AUGGGGUUUCUAGGAGUGUACCGGGCUCUCUACGACUACGUGCCCCAAGCCGAGGGUGAGCUCGCCAUCAACGAUGGCGACUUGCUUUAUGUUCUAGAUAAGAAUGGCAACGACGGUUGGUGGAAAGCAAAGAAGAAGGCCGGCGCCGAUGACGAGGAAGAGCCAACCGGCCUCGUUCCUGGUAACUAUGUCGAGGAGUCCCUUUUCUUUCUCAAGGCCCAACCCGUAGACCAUGCUCGAGCUCUUUUCGAUUAUACGCGUCAAACCGACGAGGAGUUGUCGUUUCACGAAGAUGCCAUUCUGAACGUCUACGAUACGUCGGAUCCUGACUGGAUCCUGACUGGCCUCGACGGCGAAUAUGGUUUCGUCCCUUCGAAUUACAUCGAAAUGGGAGCAGUUGCCGAAACUGCUCAACCUCCUCUACCAUCGCCGCCACCAGCGCUUCCCUCUAGACCCCCGGCAGCUUCAGUCUCUGAACCCGAACCAGAGGCGGCUGCUCCGGACCUACCGACCGAUACCGCGUCUCCGCCUCCAAACCCUGCUGCAGCCAUUGCAGGAGUCAUGCACAACCGGUCAACGUCUCAACAGCCUCAGCAACCUCAGCAACCUGCAGCUCCGCGACAGCCUCCCCGAGCAUCCGUUACAUUUAGUGAACCCCCUGAAGUCGAGGACGAGCCUGUGCGAUCACCAACACUACCAGCCCGACCAAGGGUACCAGCGCCGCCUUCGCCCACCUAUGAUGAACCUCCUUCUCCUAUACAUACACGGACCUUUCAGCAGGAUCGCAGGGACCCGGAGCGACGUCAAGAUGUUGAGCGCACCCCUGGCGGUUUCCACAUGUAUAAUAUCAAUGAAAUGAUUUCCGUCAUGGGAAAGAAGAAGAAAAUGCCCACGACUCUCGGAAUCAAUCUUCUGACAGGUAUUAUAUUGGUUGCGCCGGAGCAUGCUUCUGAUGGACCUUCCCAAGAAUGGACUGCUGACCGUAUGACGCAUUACUCGCGAGAGGGAAAGCAUGUUUUCAUGGAGCUUGUCCGCCCAAGCAAGAGUGUCGACUUCCACGCGGGAGCAAAGGAUACCGCGGAAGAGAUUGUCAGUAUGCUAGGCGAGUUGGCUGGUGCCAUUCGAUUCGAGGGACUCCGCGACUCGAUUAUAGGAACAUCAGGGAGCGGCGGCGGCGGCGGCCUUAAGAAAGGUCAGAUUCUCUAUGACUUUAUGGCUCAGGGCGACGAUGAGGUCACUGUUGCGGUUGGUGACGAUGUAUUUGUUCUCGAUGAUACCAAGAGUGAAGAGUGGUGGCAAGUCCGCCGGCUCAAGAAUGGUAAAGAGGGAGUGGUCCCUAGUAGCUAUAUUGAAGUUACAGGCUCUGUUGCCACACCACCAUCCGGCGGCGUUAACUCAGCCAAGUCGCUUGUCGAACAGAACCGUCUCGAAGAAAUUCGAUUGACGAAGGAAGCCAUACAGGCUGGCAAAGAACCUCAGCAGGUAGGACCGGGAAUGCCUCUCCCUGAACGAGGCAGUAGCCUCACGGCACGAGAAACUGGUAGUAAUUCGGGACAACAGCGGAGUCGCCGAGAAAAUGGACGAAACGAUGGCGGGAGUCAGAGCCGAUCAAAGUCUAAGCCAGACUCGUCCAAGGUGCGAACUUGGACCGACCGAUCUCGAUCUUUUAGUGUGGAAGCCCAAUUUCUCGGACUCAAGGAUGGCAAGAUCCAUUUGCACAAGAUGAACGGUGUCAAGAUUGCUGUCCCUAUCACAAAGAUGUCACGCGAAGAUCUAGAGUAUGUUGAAAACUUCACAGGUAUCUCCUUGGAAGACGACAAACCACUGGCGGAUGUCAAGCGAGCUAGGUCUGCCGAAAAGAAAUCGCCAGAACGCAGUCCUUCAGCUGGUGCGACUAUCGAUAAGGAUCCGAAGUCCGACUACGACUGGUUCCAAUUCUUCCUUUCCUGCGAGGUCGCCGUGGGCUUGUGCGAGCGUUACGCACAAGCCUUUGUCAAGGACUCUAUGGACGAGAGCGUACUGCCCGAUGUCGAUGCUACCACAUUGCGAGCGCUUGGAAUUCGCGAGGGUGACAUCAUAAAAGUCAUGCGUACUCUGGAUGCCAAGUACGGCCGCAGUCGUGGUGGGAAGAGAGGUGCUGCUGAUGCAGCUGAUGGCGAGGGAGGCUUGUUCUCCGGUCCCGGUGGCGCAUUAAGGAAUAACACUCGCAAAGGCCGCCCUGCACCAGCAGUACAGACCAGUGAUGUUGUUGAUGCUGGUGCUUUCUCUCAAGGCGAUUCAUCUAAGCCUGGAGAAGACGAUACGAAAUCGCCCCAACCAACAAGCCCCUCCAACAAGAACUCCGAAUCUCGCCAGGCGACCAACACCGGCUUUGACGACGAUGCUUGGGAUGUGAAGCCGAGCAAGCAACAAACACCGCCAUCGCAGCCGCCAGCUGAGCCAAGCCAGAAGCCUGCCCCUGAGCCCGCCCCCGUGUCGCCUCUUCCCCCAGCACUGACCGGCUCGAUGCAAGAGCUAUCUCUGCUUUCAACACCACUCGAACCCACGAGGACAGAGCCGGCACCAGCUACAUCAGCGUCAACUACCCAGGCACCCGUUAUCUCUGCCCAGCCAACAUCCUCAGCACCCACAUCGCAGGCCCUUGGCGGCGCUACCCCGUCAUUCUUUACCUCUGUUGCGCAGGCGAGACAGCGCCCUGCUCCGCCACAAGCUUCUAACCAGGGCUCUCUUGUCCCACCUCCACCUCAGCGACCCCUUUCAGCACCGCAGUCAGCUCAGCCUAGUGGGUUUGCCCCUCCUCCCAUGAUGCCUCAGAUGACGGGUGCUCUACAGGGUCAGGUUGCCCCCCCUGGCCAGAGCCUGAGUGAUCUCACACAGGCUCGCCUACAGCAGCAAUACACAGCUCAAAUGCAGCAACAGCAAUCCCUUCAGCAGAUGCAGCCCAACAUGACUGGAUUCCCUGGACAGCAAGCUCCUGUGCAGAUGCCUUUCCAAACUGGCGCUGGUCAGUUUAUGCAGCCGAUGAUGACAGGAAUGACUGGACAGAACCAAUUUAUGCCGAUGCAAGCUCAACCUACUGGCUUCCAACCAUCAUUUCCCGCCACCCAAUCAAUGUAUGGAGCUCCCACAGGGGGCAUCAAUAGCUACCUUCCCCCUGCUCUUGAACCACAGCGAACUGGUAUGUCUGGCUUGGUCCCUCAACCGACGGGAAUGUCGAACAUGGGCAACAUGGGUGGCAUCAACAGCACACAAGCCCCUCAGCCUUUGCAACCACAACAAACCGGGCCGCCUCCUCCUGUACGAUUCGGCGUGACGAACGACGCCAAGAAAUUGGCUCCUCAAGCAACUGGGCGAAGGGCCAACCUGUCGCAAGCGACUCCCCAGAAUCCUUUCGGUUUCUGA